UAAAGUAGUGCCCCACGCUGCCAAUUCGACAAACACGCACAAGCAUUUUUUUUUUGUUAAACCGUCGGAGGGUGAAGGAAACCUGCGUCUCGGGGCAGGAGCAUGCAUGAUGCGUGUAUGUGUGCAGCAGCUCUCAGACUGGUGAGUCUGAGGCGCAGUUCAGGCACCAUCACCGGCGGAGCGAUACCACCAUCUCCUCUCAGCCCCGGUUUGUCAAAGCGAGAGUGUGUGGCUCACUGUACCUGAGCGAACGUGUCCGUCAUGUACUAUCGAAAAGGGGGGCAGAGGAUCAAAACUGGAUUAAGGGACCUGGCUGUAAAUCUCUGAAAUGCAGAGCCACAUCACGCUCCCAUCAAGAUCUGUCUCCCUGGGCUGGCUGCUGCGGUUGUUUUGCAACUGAUGAAGAUAUUUUUUAUUAUUACUAUUAUUAUUAUUUUGAUGCGCUUCUGUGGAUGUCUAUGAUUAUGUUUAUUCUGGGGCUCUGGUGUAGUGCGUGAGUCAUCGUCGGCACCGGCGAGCAGGAGCUGUUGUCAGGACUCGUUGACAUGCAUUCCCCCUGAGCUCGGCGGCGCCUUCCUCGGUGUUGUGGCAGCAGGAUGCCGGUGCAGGCAGCCCAGUGGACAGAGUUCCUGUCCUGUCCCAUCUGCUACAAUGAGUUUGACAGCAGCGGCCACCAGCCCAUCAGCCUGGGCUGCUCCCACACGGUGUGUAAGACCUGCCUGCACAAACUGCACCGCAAGGCCUGUCCCUUCGAUCAGACGCCAAUCAGCACCGAUAUCGACCUGCUGCCGGUCAACUGCGCCCUGCUGCAGCUGGUCGGAGCUCAGGUCCCUGAUGUGCAGCCGGUGAGCCUAAACAGCGCAGCAGAAGUCGAGAACUAUGAGGUGUGCAGGGUGUGUGUGGAAGAGCUGGCUCUCUACCUAAAACCGAUCAGCGGAGCAAAAGGCGUGGCAACACUGAGUCCGAGUGUCCUCAGUCGGCCAAUGCAGAGGAAGCUGGUGACCUUGGUGAACUGCCAGCUGGUGGAGGAGGAGGGCCGUGUCCGGGCGGUGCGGGCAGGCCGCUCGCUGGGGGAACGAACCGUAACCGAGCUCAUUCUGCAGCACCAGAACCCCCAGCAGCUCUCUGCCAACCUUUGGGCAGCGGUCAGGGCGCGGGGAUGCCAGUUCCUGGGACCUGCUAUGCAAGAAGAUGCACUGAAGCUAGUCUUACUGGCUCUGGAGGAUGGCUCAGCUUUGUCCAGGAAGGUGUUGGUUUUGUUUGUAGUCCAGAAGCUCGAGGCCCGCUUCCCCCAGGCCUCCAAAACCAGCAUAGGCCACGUGGUGCAGCUGCUCUACAGGGCCUCCUGCUUCAAGGUGACUAAGCGUGAUGAAGACUCGUCACUGAUGCAGCUAAAAGAAGAGUUUCGGACAUACGAAGCUCUCCGGAGAGAACAUGAUGCUCAGAUUGUCCACAUCGCCAUGGAGGCGGGCCUACGAAUUUCACCUGAGCAGUGGUCUUCCCUGCUGUAUGGAGACCUGGUCCACAAGUCACAUAUGCAGUCCAUUAUUGACAAGCUGCAGUCUCCAGAGUCAUUUGCAAAGAGCGUUCAGGAGCUGACAAUUGUUCUGCAGAGGACCGGAGACCCUGCCAACCUCACAAGCCUUAGACCACACCUAGAGCUACUCGCCAACAUAGACCACAACCCAGAUGCCCCGGCGCCAUCAUGGGAGGAGCUGGAGAGUGUGAUGCUGGCUGUGAAGUUGGUGGUUCAUGGACUAGUGGAGUUCAUACAGAACUUCAGCAAGAAGAGCCAUGACGCUCCGCAGCCUCAGGCCAACAGCAAGUACAAGACCAGCAUGUGCCGAGACCUCCGUCAGCAGGGAGGCUGUCCCCGAGGAACCAACUGUACAUUUGCGCACACGCAGGACGAGCUGGAGAAAUUUAGACUAAGGAACAAGAAGAGCAGCAGCGCGGGCCGUGCGUUCCCGUUAGCGCCGGGAGUUAUGGGUAAAACCUUCACUAUGGAGGGCAGCAUCCACACAGAUGUGUCUGGAGGAAUGGGGCAGGGGCUCAAAGGCACGGGGGAGAACACAGCCUCCUUGACAGAGGGAGUGCCCAGCCUGUCUCACCCAGAGCUGAUCCCCAGAGGCGCUGACAUGAUGGAGGAGAUGAAGAGAGCGGUGCCAAAUGGAUCCAACGGGUCCAACGGGCUGUCUAACAGGAGCUCGUCAGGGUCGACAGAACAGAAGCCCAUCUCACCUCCCAGGACUCCAGUCAGUCACUCCUCAGCAUCGUCUCCCUUGACAACAAUUGGGCGGGGUGACGGUGGCGCUCCUAUCCCCAAACAUGGUCAGUUCGUGCUGCGUGCACCACAUCCUUCUCAGGCGUCAGAGCUGUACUUUCAGGAGCCGCACUCUGCAUAUGACACGGCCCAUUAUCAACCAACCUCAGGUUCCUACUACCAAUCUACUCUCCAUCCCUCUCACAAACCCUGCAUGGCUCGCUUCCUUCGAUCCUCCAACGUCCCAGAAUCCUCUCUGCCGCCCUCAAUUGGCCCUCCGCCAUCUUCCUACCCCAGUGACCCUCAGGCACCGCACCCACCUUCCUCCUCUUCCUCGGGGUACCCGUCACACCCACCUAGAGAUCGAAUGGGGCCUCCUGCCUUCCAUCCCCACCCGGGGCAGCCUCAGUACGGGCCUCUGGCUCCGGCUCAUGGUGUUUAUGCUCCCCUCUAUGACAGCAGGAGAGUAUGGAGGCCUCAGCUGUACCACAGAGAGGAUGCCAGGAGCAACUCACUGCCUCCAGAGGUGCUGCAUUCCUCCGUCUACCAGCCUCCACUCAGGGAGAGAUUCAACUCUCUAGACAGCAACUACUGCUCUGGAGCUGAACACCGUGCAGGGCUACACAGGGAUUACGGCCGUGUUCCUCUAGGCUAUGAGGAUCUGUUCAGAAGGAAGCAGGAGCAGUGGGCUCAUCAUCACCACCAUCACAACGCCAACAGGCCCUCCCAGUCCUCCCCCAUCUUCACCAUCGAUUUUGGAACUGAGCAUGUGGAGAGCAGCGGAGGCCAGUGUGUGGGGUGCAGGUUCAGAGGCGAGGAAAGCUUAGCACACUACUCUCCGUGGUCCUGUGGCACCAUUGGCCCCUGCCUCAGCCCCUUUGAGCCUGAAACGCUCGCGCACACCUCGGCUCACUCCUGCUCAGAGCACUCGGUGAGACUCUUCACACGUUCACAAGAGCUGGACAGUAACGGAGGUGGGAGCGGAGGCGUAAGUGGUAGUGGUGUCGGGAAGCGAUGGCUGCAUUCAUUAGAUCACUACCGGCGUUUAAAAGAUGAGGAUCCGAUCAUUCCCUUUAGCGAGGGGCCCAUUAUCUCCAAGUGGGGCGCCAUAUCCAGGGCAUCUCGCACAGGCUACCACACCACCGACCCUAUCCAAGCUACAGCCUGCCAGGGCAGCGCCAACACCACACCCAUCAACUUUAAAGAUUACAACCACCACUUGGAUCACAGUGACUACAGAUGGAGCUCCAGAGGAUCAGACUCUUCCAGCCACUCCAGUUUCCUAGAGAGUGAGCAGCUUUGUGCAUCAGAGCUUCAUGGUCGUCGCUCAUCACUAAGCAGUGGAGAGAAAAUUGUGUCUGAUCUGCAAGCCCGUCAGGCCGCCUACAGCCGGGAUCGAGGCCAUGCCGACAGCGAACCAGACCCAGAUCGAGACAUUGAGCUGGAACUGUGCGCUCUUGACAUGGAAGAUUCAGACCACCAGGAGAUCAAGUCUCAGGAGUCUUUAGACCUGGCCACCCCACAGUCUCAGGAUGCUUCCCACCUCCUCCCACCACCCUGCUCUUCUCCCCUCCUUGCUUCUCCCGUGGAGGAGCACUCCCAAACAGAGGGUCCUUCGUCAGAAAAGAUGGAUGCUCACCUGCUGAAAAAGAUGGCCUUCAGGAAGUCUCUGUCUCCUGGAGGGUUGGUCUCAGGAGGCCUGGCCGUCGGCAAGCUUGUACUGCGGACUGGACCUCCUCGCCUGGGGGAUGCUCGUCCUGACACGCCCGGGACAGAGAUGCUGCUCAAUGGAAGCUAAGGGGACACAAAGUCAGACACUGACCUGCGCCGAGCUAGAGCUGAGUCGCUUGCCUGCAACCAGAGCCUGGUUAAAGGGAAAACCAUUUAAUUCCAGCCUUCAUAUAUGUCAAUCAUAUGCCUAAAUAAAACUUGACAGAUAUGGGUUAACAGUGUAUGCUGCGCCGCAUCGUCAGGGGCAAGAGAAAACACAUUGUCCUGCCUCUUCGGUGGUGAUUUUCACCGAUGUACAGCUCCACAGAGAAUUUAGUGAUAUUACUGUUUAUGCCCAGUAAGGCACAUGACCAGUUUGCCCUUACAGUAGAUGCUUAACUUGUGUCCAUGUUUGCAGUUUGAAUCCUGGUGACAUUUAGGAGAAAGGCUGGAGAUCUCAUAGCAUCUUCACCACAUGGUUGCUCACUUCACAUGACAUUGUACGCAAGAGGUUUACACAUCAUCUACUUUGUUGUCAUUUAACUUGGUGGACAAAGACUAAUGGUUUGACAGAAAGCAGAAGCCUCUACAGUAGGUGCCAGUUUUCAUGCCACGUUUUAACUUUACUAUAGGAAUUCUGUUGAUGUUUUACUUUAACUAUUCUUAAUUUUUUAUAUGUAGUGUGGAUUGACAGCAGGGACUGAGAUCCCAACAUUUUUAUACUAAAUUUCCUACCAAAUCCUGUCAUUGUGUACCUAGGCUAGUGAGUUCUUGCUACAGUAAGUAUUUUUCUUAUAAUGUAAUGAGUUUAAUUUACUAUUAUGAGAAUAAUUUGCUCUCGAACAGCUGGUUUAGAGACACUCAUCUUUCUAAAAAGAUGUCAGCAAAACAGUAACAUUAUUUAUCACUUUUUUUAACCUUUUUGCUACCUUGUGAAUAUCUGAUGAUUAUUUCUCAUGUCUUGCUGUCUCUUUACAUCUUAAAGGGUAACUUCAUUUUUUUUUUCAACCUGAAUCAUAUUUUCCUAUGUUUUUGUGUCUAAGCGACUAAUGAGAACAAGAGUUUUCAAAACUGGUCCUGUACUGAGUGAGAGCGCUGCAGCUGGCAGUCACUUACCAGGCUGCAAUGUAACGUAAAUGGGCAAUUGCGCAUCGUCAGUGUACGUCCACUCAAAGUGUCUGUUUUUGCCACUGACAUGCUCAGAUUGUUAAUGUAAAUUUCUGACAACAUGAUGCCCAGUUCAGACCAAACAUUUGCGACAAGACGAAUGUGCAGCUACUUGCAAUGUGCCGUUCUGUAAUGCUCUAAAAACCUGCUGGUUCACACCAAUGCAACUAGAUAAGAUGGAGUAUCAUCUCUAUGCAACAACUCUCUGUACUUCGGUUCUGAUUUCCAGCUUUUCAAGCUUAUUUUGUUGCUGAACAUAAUUUGUACUUCUUUGACCAGCUGCAGUUGAGUUGCUGAGUUGCAGGUGACACCAUCAGCUGGCUUGAGCUGAUCUCAGAACUGCAACUUUUCUCUGCAAAGUUCUAAAACGGUUUUGUCUCGUCGCUGAACUGGGCAUCACAGAAAGGAUUCCUACAGAGAUAGACCUUUUUGUUAAAGAGUAAGAUCUUUUUUAUUUAAGCAGAAACAGCCCAAACUUUGCUAUCGCUAAACCCACCAGAUUCCAUUAAAAAAAACACACUUAUUUUAUUAUUGUAAAACACACUCCAUUCAAAGUUGACAGAAACAAAAUACAACUAAAAAACAUUUUGAUGUGUGUUUCUACUGUCCCAACAAUCACCACACUCUGGUUUUGUUUAAAUAAACCCUAAAUUCACCCAGUUAGAUGUGAACAUAUGCUGACUCUGUACAUACUAAAAUUACUGUUUAUUUAAAUGGGGUCUGGUGGGUUUGGCGAUGGUGAUUUCAGGGCUGUUUCUUGAUAAACAAAAAGGAUCUUAGUCUUCAGUGACCCUUUCCAUAAU